AUGUAUGGGGAGGAGGAGUUCAUCAGCUCUGAUGACCUAGUAAAUGUGAGGUUGGUUGGUGGUCACAGUCGCUGUGCUGGUAGAGUGGAGGUUCAUCACAGAGGUCAGUGGGGAACAGUGUGUGACGUUGGCUGGGAUUUGGCUGAUGCUGCAGUCAGACUGGUUGGAGGUUCUCGCUGCUCUGGGAGGUUAGAGAUACUUCAUGAUCAGACGUGGAUGUCAGUGUGUGACGCUGUCUUUGACCAGCAGGAUGCAGAGGUUGUGUGUAGAGAGCUGGACUGUGGGGCUCCUGUACAGGUGCUGGGAGCAGCUGCUUUUGGUAAAGGAGACACUCAGAUGUGGACACAAGAGAUUCAGUGCAGAGGAAAUGAAUCUCAGAUACACCUUUGUCCAACAUCACCAUCACAUGAAAACAAUUGUUCUCAUGACAGUGAUGUUUUACUGGUGUGUACAGAAAUAAUAAAUGUGCGGUUGAUUAAUGGAAACAGUCCCUGCAGUGGGACAGUGGAGUUGUUUCACAGAGGUCAGUGGGGAACAGUGUGUAAUGUUGGCUGGGAUUUGGCUGAUGCUGCAGUGGUGUGUAGAGAGCUGGACUGUGGAGAACCUGUAGAUGCUCUGAGUGAUGCUCAUGUUGGACUCGGAUUAGGACCAGUCUGGAUGAAUAAUGCAUUGUGUGCUGGAUCUGAGUCCACACUGAAAAAGUGUGGAUCUGUCAUAUGGGGUUUUCAAAGUGUGUGUCAGAGCAAGAGUGCAGGAGUCAUCUGCUCAGGUGUCAGGUUGGUUGGAGGUUCUCGCUGCUCUGGGAGGUUAGAGAUACUUCAUGAUCAGACGUGGAUGUCAGUGUGUGACGCUGUCUUUGACCAGCAGGAUGCAGAGGUUGUGUGUAGAGAGCUG